UCCACAUCGGAAUUUCGGAACCGACUCGUGGACUCCGUUCCACUGUCCUCUUUUGCUCCACCGCGCCGCCCUCUUCUUAAUCUCCCCGCCGCCGCCGCAUCGCCAAAUCCCCGCGUCCAGUGUGUUCGGAUCGUCUCCUGCCGCGUCUCUCCCGAUCCGUCCCAUCGGGGACUUCGCUCAGCCGUCGGCAUAUGCCCCUUUCCGCCGCCCAAAUCUGAGCCGCGCGCGCCGGGCCGCCCGUGACUCUCCCGCCGGCUGCGAGAGCGCCGCCCGCCGCCGCCGCGCUUCUCCCACGGGCAGGGCAGCCACACGAUACAAAUUUUUGGUGCGUGCUCCAUCCAAGCAGCAGCAAUUCACCUUGCAAGGAAGAUUCUGCGCUCCAAUGGCGACCUGUAGCAGAGCCGCGACAAUGAACAGCCUAUGUGGUGCAGCAGCUAUGCAGCAGCUCGAGCAUCUAUGGACUCUGAUCUUCCGAAUAUUACCUGAUGAGCUGCCUGUGCCUGGCCUUCCUUCCAAUUUGCUAAAGAGACUGUUUUGCAAAGCCGGGAAUCUGUAUGGAUUGGGGACUGCGACCAGAGCAGUGCCGCCGGAGCUGCCGCAGGAUGUGUUGAUGGACAUCUUUGCCACCCUUGAGACCCUCGACCUUGUGCGCGUGGGCUCUGUAUGCACGUCCUGGCGUUCUGCCUACACAUGCCUGCGCGACCUGGGGCUGUGCAAACACUCCCAGACACCGUGCCUGUUUUACACUUCUGAGUCUGCCGGUGACAAUGCUGCGUUCCUAUACAGCCUCGUUGAUGACAGGGCCUAUAAGUUAACUCUGCCCGACCCACCCAUCCGCACAAGGUUUAUAGUCGGGUCCUCCAAUGGAUGGCUGGUCACUGCAGAUGAGAGGUCCGAGCUGCACCUUCUCAACCCCAUCACCGGUGAGCAGGUUGGUCUCCCCUCAGUGAUCACCAUAGAGCAUGUCAAGCCCAUCUAUGAUGAAGCAGGCGUGAUCCACAGCUAUGAGUUGUCACACCACGAUGCCACCGGGGUUCUUGAAGAAUCCACGCUACAUUCUCCCAGCGAUCUGCGAGAUGACCUCUACUUCAAGGCUUUUGUUUUUCCUGAUCCACCUACUAGAAGCUACAUUGUUGUUGUCAUACACAAGCCAUACUUUCAUCUCUCCUUUGCAAGAGCUGGACAUGACAAGUGGACAUGCCUGCCACACAACACAGAAUACAGAGAUUGCAUAUACAAGAAUGGUCUAUUGUUUGCGCUGACAGCACUUGGAGAGAUCGAUGCCUUUGAUCUCGCUGCCUCCACUAUCACAAUGAAACAAGUUGUUGGCGAGUUUAGGGCCGGUGUCUACGAGAGCAUGUACAUUAUUCAGGCUCCUUGGGGCGAUCUGCUGCAAGUUUGGAGGGCUGUUAAUGUUACAAAUUCGCGGGAUCGGAAUGGUCAUUUAACUGAUAUUUCAGAGGGGGAGGAUGAGGAUGGUGGUGACACUUGGCAAUGCGAGUACGGCACCCUGGAUGUUACACUAUAUGAAGUGGACGUGGAUGGAAAUGCACUAGUGGAAAUAAGCGGCUUGCCACAACAUAUGUUGUUCCUUGGGCACAGCAAUUCUCUCUGUCUUAGUGCUGAAGGACACCCAAAAUUGAAAUCAAAUCAUGUCUACUUCACUGAUGAUCAUGCAGAACUACCUAAUAUAUUUAAAGAAAGAACUCGUGAUAUAGGAGUAUGGGACCUGGAAAAUGGCUGCAAGAAGAAUAUUGUAUCUCAGGCUUGGUCCAAUUGGCCUUGUCCCACGUGGAUAGCACCCAAUCUUACGAACAUGAGUUUGGCAUUCAGCAAAUAAGCCCCCCUUUUAAAUUUGUUUCAGAGAUUGAAAUUCUGGAGCUACCUUUUAAAUAAUUUAUUUUAUGGAAAGGCAAGAGCUGUAAGUUAGAUUCAGUAAAAUAAAUGGCUGCUCUAUGGAAAGGCAAGAGCUGCAAGGGAGGAAUUAUGGCUGCUCUAUGCUUCUGCUAGGGCUAUCCAUCAGCCUGCUUUCAUGGGGGGAACAUCAUGAAGGUUUUAGUCCUGAUGUCAUUAGUUAAUUAGGACUUUGAUUUUCUUUGUCAGUAGGACCUAAAAUUGUACACUUUGUUUGGUGCUAUAGCAUGCCCUGCGGUAUUUAUACAUACUCAAGAUUGUGCUAUGUCACUAAUUAUGAUUCUACAUUCUGUACCUUGCAGCCCUGUGGUCUGAGCUUGUUCUGUACCUCUAAUAAGAGAAUAUAUCUUCAUGAUUCUUUCGACAUAAGUUUGUUUUA